CUCAGACGAGAUUUCAUGGAAGCGUGCCAAUUGAAACUGGAUCCAGAUACUUUGGGACGGAUUGCGAAAUGGUAUUUGGAAGCCCAACCCAGUUGCAAUAUAUUAUCAACGGCCCGUUUGGACCGUAUCUGUACAUCAACGACCACGAGGAGCUUAGAAAACCGAAAGCUAUUGGCUCCAAAAUUAGCAUCAGGAUCGAGGACGAAAAUAGUCCAGGAACAUUUUGAUGGAUGGCGACCAACUACAGAGCUUCAAAACAAGCACUUGAAACCCAUGGGAGAGCGUGACGGAGAUCUCGAUAUGGUUGGCGUAUGUAUGUGGCACUGAAAGAAGAGCCUGAUCCAAAAUGUAGAAAAGCCCAAACACACAGCAGCACUUGUCGUCUGGAAAUGCCGUCACGCAUUUAGAAAUUACGCCAGCAGUCCGCAGACAUGUAAUCAAAAAUUUGACAGCCUUAAUGACGGAUUUGCUUUUAUCUUUCUUAGUCUAGCAGCAAUUUCUCAACUGCCCGAAACAAGCUGUGACCUACGGUAG